CUUUACCCCUUUCCAUUGCAAAGAAAGGAAAUACAACCAGUUCCAAGGGAAAAGUCAGGAGGAGAGAAAGAGGUAGAGCGAGUUCAAGCACUACAAGGAAACCCAUCACACUUGCUCACCGUCGAAACGAGUGUUAUGGGGCGAAAACAUGGUAGCACAAAAUAGAGUCUACCCUAUUACAUCUCCAAAAACAGCCAUAAGCAAGGCAUCGACAUGCAAGGCGAAUGAUUCCAAACUAUCCCAGCAAGACGAAACAAAGGUAGCCGUGCAUGACACUCAUCUCCCCAUCGAGGUAGCCGAGCAUCAAGAACCUUGGAUCCGUCGUUUGGUAGCAUCACACAUCUUCAUCAGCUGCAUCGUGUUUGCUCUGAUCAUCUCCGCGUCCAUACGCAACUCCCUGGCAGCGUCUCCUUGCUGCAGCCCUCUCCAAUAUAGUAGAAAAGAACACAGAGAAAACACUAUCUCAAAAGGAGCCUUAAUUUGCUUCUUUUCGAAGGUAGCUCGAUUACACGCCAACUAGAUAGCCCAAUAGACGGCAGAGGAUACGGUGCAUGUAUAAUAGCGUGAGCGAGUGCUUAGGCUUUUCACGUAAAUAAUGUCAAAACUUGCACACAAUUUACACAGAAAUUACAGUUUUUCUAAUAUGCAUAUAAUUGGUGGCCGAGCUACACAGGAAACGUUGAAGGGGUGAAAGGCAGAUACAUCAAUCGCUGAGGGGGCCAAUUUUUUUGUCAAGGUUGAGGGGGGGGGCAUGGCCCCUGCAGGAGUACAUGUACCUCCGCCAAUGCAUAUAAUAAUGAAGGUUUUCCAAAACAAAUCUAAGAAUAAUGAAGCUUCCUAUGAAAUUUUUAAAAAUGGAAAAAUGAAGUUUUCUAAGAAGCAAUGAAUUACUGACAUUGUCAAUACCAGUUAAGAAGAAAGAAAAUAAAAAAUAAUAAAACAAAUAAUGACAAAAUUUUCACACAAAUUACAGCAAAAUUGCGCCUUUUCAUAAUUAGCAAGAAUAAGCAUAUAAUAGUGUAAUUUUCACAAGAAUGAAAGUUCCCUAAGAAGGAAUGAAUUAGUGACAUUUGGUAUUGCCCUUAAAAACAAAGAAAAAAAUAAAAAUAAAACAAAAUCAAAACAAUGAAGUUUCCUAGGGAAAAAUGAAUUAGUGGUAAUGGUAUUACCCUUUAAGAAGAAGAAAAAUAAAAUAUAAAAUACAAAAAAUCAAAAUAAUGAAGUUUUCUAGGAAAGAAUGAAUUAGUGUCAAUGUUGUUACCCUUUAAGAAGAAGGAAAAUAAAAUAAAACCAAAUAAAAUCAAAAUAAUGAAGUUUUAUAAGGAAAAAUGAAUUAGUGGCAUUGGUAUUACCCUUUUAAUAAAAAAUAAUGACAAAAUUUGCAUAGAAUUUAUACAGGAAUUGUGCUUUCUCUAAUAUGCAAGAAUAAUCAUAUAAUGGCGAAAUUUUGGCUAAUAGAAGUGCCCUAAGAAUGAAUGGGUUGGUGGGAUUGGUAUUACCCCUUAUGAAGAAAGAAACUGGAUAAAAACUAAAAGGAAUUCAAAACAAUAAAAUUAUCUGAGUAAGAAUGAAUUAGUGGAAACGCUAUUAACCCUUGAGAAGAAGGAAAAUAAAAUAAAUACUAAAACAUGAUAAAAUUUGCACACAAUUUACAAAAAAUAUGCGCUUUUAUAAUAUGGAAUUGGUGUUACCUUUAAAGAACAAGGAAACUCUAAUAAAAAUUAAGAUAAAAUAAAAAUAAUAUUGUUUAUAAGUAAGAAUGAAAUAGUGACAUUGGUAUUACACUUUAAUACUAAUAAUAUAUAAACACACAAAUAAAAGUUGCACAAAAAUUUGCACUAAAACUUCACCUUUUGUAAUAUACAAAUAAUACGAAUAUAACAGUACAAUUUUCACAAUAAUAUAGUUACACACUUAUUGUAUAGCACUUGCAUGAAUACAUGUACACUCAUCAAACAUCACAAAAAACUGAUAAGAAAAAACACUAAAAACAAAAAACAAAAGCAAAAGGGCAUAAACAUAAAAAAACAGAAAAGGCAAAGGGAGAGAGGGGAUGGCUGGUUUGUCGAGUGGGCUAGAUAGAGCUCUUGGUUGCCCAGUUAACGGCCCUCGGCCCAUUAAGGUAUUGACUCAUCCAACAAAUUCCCAGCCCAAAACAAGUCACCACACAACAAAAAACAAAAGAUAACAGGAAUCUUAGAGCAGCAAUCAACGGCCGAGAAAAACGACUGACCCAAAUUCAAUUUUCUGGCAACUUACCUCUCUUGCUAGACUGUACAUAAGCAUAUCGCACACCAAAGCGUUCGCCUUUCUUUAAUCCUUCUUCAGAUCAUCGUUUGGCACUACACCUUCAUUGGAUCAUCGUUUUGACGUUGGAGUCCAUCCCAGACCUUAGCAGGUCAGCAGCGGCUGCGCUCAUCGAGCGCGGGAUGGCGUCCGAGGUAGCCAGCCUUGCACUGGUCUCGGCCGCCGUGGCCGCGGCCAUGGCCUACGCGCGCCUCGCCGCCUCGCGCUUGGGCCCCGGCCUCCCCCGCCUCGCGGCGCUCCUCCCGGUGCUCCUCCUCCUCCCCAUCCUCCCCUUCACCUUCUCCUCCAUCCACCUCCGCACCAUCUCCGCCUUCUUCCUCGUCUGGCUCUGCGGCUUCAAGCUCCUCCUCCUCGCCGCCGGCCACGGCCCGCUCCACCCGUCCCUCCCAGCCGUGCGCUUCGCCGCCUGCGCCGCGCUCCCCGUCAAUGUCCGGGACAGGGCGCAGACCUCGCGGUCCCUCCCUGCCGGGUUCCUGCUCUCCUACGCGGCCAAGGCGGCCCUCUUCGCGGCGCUCGUCUCGCUCCGUGGCCUCCGGGCGAGGAUGCCGGCGUACGCCGUGGUCGCGUUCGACGGCGCGCACGUGUACCUGAUGCUCGAGCUCUUCCUGGCGUCCGCCGCGGCGUUCGCCCGGACGCUGCUGGGCGCGGAGCUGAAGCCGCAGUUCGACCGGCCGUACCUCGCCUCGUCGCUCCGCGACUUCUGGGGCCGGCGGUGGAACCUCAUGGUCCCCGGGGCGCUCCGGCCGAGCGUGUACCGCCCCGUGCGCGCCCGCCUCGGCUACUCCGCCGGCGUGCUCGCCACGUUCCUCGUGUCGGGCCUCAUGCACGAGGUGAUGUUCUACUACAUCACGCUCGAGGCCGGCACGGGGGAGGUGACCGCGUUCUUCGUCCUCCACGGCGCGUGCGUGGUGGCCGAGCGGCGGUGGGUGAGGCGGGGCAGCGCAUGGCGGCCGCCGCGCGCGGCGGCGACGGCGGCCACGCUGGCGUUCGUGACGGGGACCGCGUCCUGGCUCUUCUUCGCGCCCGUCAUACGGAGCGGGCUGGACAAGGCCAUCGUCGCCGAGUGCGAGGGAAUUCUGGCCUUGCUGGAGGCGGCUGUGCGGAGGCUGGCUGCACGCCUGGUUUGGAAUUGGAGCUGAUGGUGUGCCUCACGAGGAACAUGGCGGCAGGCUUUACUUUGCAAGGAAGGAAACGUUGCAUUACACUAUGAGUAUUUUUAAAGUUAAAGGAAGGAAGAUUUUUAGGGCUGCAAAAAGAGUAGCAAGGAUUGGGUGUGCGAUGCGGUGCGCCGAUUAUUAACUGGAGGCCUAAAUUGUUCGGAGAAUGUAUUUUUUUUCUCUAAACCUUGGCAACUCCCUGUCAUUGUUCGGAUGUCGUGUUGCUGGUACGCAUUUUGGCCUAGCGAAGCAAGGGUUGUCAUGCUAGCACAUGCACGGCAAUUUAUUUUUCUGUUGCAACGCACAGGCAUAUGCCCUAGUAGAACUCAUUAAAAUUGAUCGUCCUUUCAGUGGA